UCGACCAAUGAAAUACAGUGUUACAUUUGUGUUUCAAAAACUUGGAAUGAAUAAUUCCAAAAUGACAAAUGCAUCAAAAAUAUAUUGAUUAGAGCUGUUUCUAUACUUGUACAUGCAUAUCUAUUAAGAAAUUUAUUCAUAAGACGAGAAAAAAGAAUGGGAGAUGAUAGUGAGUGGAUGAAAUUGCCAACGGAUGAAAAAGUGCAACAUAAGGUAUGGAAAGCUAGGCUGGCAGGCUAUGAGGAGGCCAUCAAACUCUUCAAGUCGAUUGAUGAUGAGAAGAGUCCGGAGUUCUCCAAGUUUGCCCCAUUCGUUCGCAAGUUUGUUGUCGACAGCAAUGCUGUGGCUCAAGAGAAAGCAAUGGAGGCCACAGUCGUUUAUGUUGAAAAAGCUGCUGUUGCAACAAAGGUGGCCCAUGAAGUGACCCAGGGUAUUGUCACCAAGUGCCUGAGUGCAAGCAAACAGAAGACAAAGGAGUAUGGUAAGGAGAUCAUCAUGCUGUACAUCGAGGCCGAGAAGCAGGACGUUGUGUCCGAGGUAGUCAUUGAGGGCUGGACAAACAAGAACCCAAAGGUGGUUGCCGCCUCCGUCCAGGUGAUGAAGGAGGCUCUCAGGGAUUUUGGUAACAAGAUAGUUCAGAUCAAGCCGAUGGUGAAGUUUCUUCCCAAGCUCCUAGAAGACCGAGACAAGAAUGUACGCGAUGAGGCCAAGGGCCUGGUGGUUGAAAUGUACCGCUGGGUGGGGGCAGCCAUCAAACCAAAACUAGUGGACUUCAAACCUGUACAGGUUGCAGAGCUAGAGGCCGAGUUUGAGAAGCUAGCCGGCGAGAAGCCUCAUCAGGCACGCUUCCUGCGCUCCCAGCAGGAUCUUAAGGCCAAGAUGGAGGAGAAGGCAGCCAUGGCGGAGGCAGGUGUUGAUGAAGAGGAGGAGGAUGAGGAAGCUGGUGAGGAUGUCGAUCCCUAUGACCUUCUUGAACCAGUCAACAUCCUGGCUGCACUGCCCAAGGACUACUAUGACAAAAUUGAGGCUAAGAAGUGGCAGGAGCGGAGAGAAGCCCUGGAAGCUGUACAAAAGCUCUGUGAGAACCCAAAAAUAGAACCUGGAGACCACGGGGCCCUUGUCAAAACGCUCAUGAAGGUUGUAGGCAAGGAUUCUAAUGUAAUGUUGGUUGUCCUGGGAGGCAAGUGUCUGGCCAGUCUUGCCAUGGGACUCAGGAACAAGUUCAGCCCUUAUGCUGCACAGUGUAUCCAGGUCUACAUUGAAAAGUUCAAGGAAAAGAAACCAAUGGUUGUCACAGCCCUGCGUGACGCCAUCGAUGCUGCUUACCUAUCAAUUAGCCUGGAACCACUCAUCGAGGAUUUAGUUGCUGCGCUCGAAAAUAAGAACCCAUCCAUUAAGGCAGAGACUGCCCUGUUUCUUGCCCGAGCCUUUUCCCGCCUCACACUCUCAUCACUACCCAAGAAACAACUCAAGGUCUUUUGUGCGGGCCUCCUCAAGACAAUCAACGACACGGUUCCGGAUGUAAGGGAGGCCUCCUACCAGGCCCUGGGCACGGCUAUGAAGGUGGUCACAGAGAAAAACAUCAUGAUAUACAUGGCGGACACAGACAGUAUCAAGAUGCAGAAGAUCAAGGACUGUUGUGAGAAGGCAGUGUUGUUGAAUGCUAAAGGUGAACCCAGAGCAGGAGGUGCCGCUAAGCCAAAACCACAAGGUUCAGAGCCCAAGCCUGUAACGAGGCCAGGAGCACCACCUCCAGUAGCCAGACCAAAAACAGCCCCAGGCAAGGCAAGCACUGGAGGGCCUCCGAAAACCAAGCGUCCAGGGACAGCCAAGCCACGCGUGGCUGGAAAGAAAAGCGGACCAAAGAAACCAGCUGGACAGCCUGCAGAGGAGCGUACUGAAAAAAUACUCUCUGAUGAGGCCAUAGCUGAGAAGGCUGCUGAGUUUAUUGGUGCAGAAGUUUUGGCCCAGCUUGAGCAGGCCAACUGGAAGGAGCGGCUGGCCGGCACAGAGACACUCGUGACCAACCUCCGUCGCAUGACCCGAGACAUGAUACCAUGCCAGGUCUGCAUACGAACAAUCAUCAAGAAACCAGGCAUCAAGGACAACAACUUCCAGGUAUUGAAGCUAAAAGUGGAGCUGGUAGCCUACCUAGCCAAGAAUGCAGACUUUACGCGGGUUUCUGCAGACUAUUGCCUGCCUGACCUUGUAGAGAAGGUCGGGGACGUGAAAAACGGAGCUGGAGUCCAGGAGGCACUCAGCUGUAUAGCCGAGGCCUGCGGUCUCGACUACGUGGCCGGCACUGUGAUGAAACUGGCAUUUGGACAGAAGAACCCAAAGAACCAGUCAGAGGCUCUCAACUGGCUUACAAAGGCCAUCACAGAGUUUGGGCUAAAAGUUCAGAUCAAGCAACACAUACAGAAUAUCAAAACAGCUUUUGCUGCUACAAAUCCUGCAAUUCGUCAGUCAGCUCUGAGCCUGUUGCCAGUGUUGUACUUGCACAUGGGCCAACAACUGAGGAUGUUCUUUGAGGAUGAGAAACCUGCCCUGCUUCAGCAGAUUGAUGCAGAGUUUGAAAAGGUGAAGGGUCAGAAGCCCCCAGCUCCUGUCCGGGGCAUGAAGCCAACAGAUGACGAGGAUGAAGAGGAUGAAGCUGACGGUGGUAGGGAUGAGGAGGACAGCCCCGUGGAUCUCAUUCCAAGAAAUGAUGUUGGGGACCGAUUUUCCGGAGACCUUAUUGAGUCGUUGUCAGACAAGAACUGGAAGGUUCGGGGCGAGGGCCUCCAGAAGAUAAUUGCCAUACUGAAUGAGGCCAAGUUUAUAACAGGAAACCUGGGAUCAUUGCCAGAGGCUAUCAAGACCAGGCUCGGAGAUGCUAACAAAAUUCUGGUAACAACAACGAUAGGUAUCUGUGUAACACUGGCCACCAACUUGGGUCCCCACUGCAAGGCCCAUGUGAAGGUUAUUGGCCCCGCCCUUAUAAGCUGCCUCGCGGACAUGAAGCCAGCCCUGAGGUCAACGGCCCUAGGGGCCCUAAAUGCCUGGGUGGACAACACAACGCUGACCCCACUGGUGGAGUGUGAGGCCUUGAGUGAUGCCCUCAAACUGGAGAACCCAAACCUUAGACAGGAGUUGCUGGGAUGGUUGACUGAGCGGUUGCCGGCCCACAAGCCCCUGCCGCGUGAUGAGAUGCGAUUGUGCGUGCCCCACCUCCUCUCCUGUCUCGAGGAUCGUAACGCUGAAGUGCGCAAGAAGGCACAGGAAGCCCUCGUCCCCUUCAUGAUACACACAGGAUACGAGUCUGUCUUCAAGGCCACCAACAAACUAAAGCCUGCGUCCAAAGACCAGAUCAUGCAAAUCAUUGAAAAAGCCAAGGAUAACUUGCCAGCCAAACAGCCGAAAAAGAAAGCUGCUCCAGCCAAGUCCAGCGCUGCCCCACCGCCUGUGGAUGACUAUGAUGAGGAGCCAGCUCGAUCAGCCCCUCCCACCAAGGAGAAGUCACCCUCUGCAGAACCUCCUGAGAAAGUUCCCGCAAAGGGGGCCAAAAAGACAAAGGGAAAAGCUGCUCCUGCUUCCAGCAGUCGUAAAAAGGUAGAGGAGGAUGUUGGCCCUCCCUUGACUGUCAAUGAACCAAAGGAGAAACGAUUCAAAGAUGAAAAAAACAUGAAGUGCUUGAAAUGGAAUUUCAAGGACCCCAAGCCGGAGUAUGUAGAGCAGCUGCGCACCCAGAUGGAGAGAAACUUCUCCAAGACCAUGAUAGAUAUACUCUUCCACACUGACUUUAAAUCUCAUACCAAAGCAAUAGAGACACUCUUAAAGUGUGUGGAGAGCCUACAUGAGGAGCAGCUGGCCAACUUGGACCUGAUCCUGAAGUGGUUCUCCCUCCGCUUCUUCGACACCAACCCCAGCAUGCUCAACAAGGCCCUGGACUACCUUCAACAACUCUUCAAGCUCCUCAGUGAUGCCGACUACCAGCUGCACGAGUAUGAGGCAAACAGCUUCAUACCUUACCUUGUUAUUAAGGUUGGUGAGAACAAGGACAAUGUGCGUCGAGAUGUUCGUGGCAUCUUCAAACAGCUCUACCAUAUCUACCCAGCCAGCAAGAUGUAUGUCUUCAUUGCUGAUGGAGUCAAGUCAAAAAACUCAAAAACUAGAACAGAGUGUCUGGAGGAGCUUGGUUACCUGAUAGAAACAUAUGGUAUCUCAAUCUGCCAGCCGACACCCCAGGUGGCACUGAAGCAGGUCGCAGGCCAGAUAGGCGACCAGGACAACAAGGUGCGCAAUGCAGCACUCAACACCACCGUCAUCGCCCACCAGAUUCUUGGGGAUAACCUGUUCAAGUACAUUGGCACGUUACGAGACAAGGACCAGAGUUACUUGGAUGAGCGGAUCAAGCGAACCAAGAGCAAGCCUGCCCCGGCUGCGGGACGUAGUCAGUCACGGGAGAGACCAAAGUCGGUACCCAACGCUCCACCACAGUCACAGAGGGCAAACUCACAGCCCGAGAUCCAGCGUCCAGGUACAGGGAUCCCAAAGUCCCAGUCCAGUAGUGCCGUCCCACGGGAAUACCGCAUUGAGAUCCAGGAUGACUCUAACAAGGAGAACUUCCAGAUGCCUAAACUCUACCAGUGUGAUGGACUCGAUGACAUACUGCAGGACGUGCAAAUGCCUGUUUUAAAGGCGCGGCCUCCAUCCCCUGGCCCAAAGUUCCUGAGUAACGCAGAUACCUCAAGCACUGUCAGUUUUGUCAUCUCACAGAUCACAAAUCGAGACAUGUCUGUCUGUAUACAGGCACUUGCCCAGAUAGACGAGGUGUUUAAGGAUAGUGACAAGGUGUCCGUGAUGGAGGACCAUGUGGAGCAGUUGCUUGUCGCCAUGUCCAUGCAGUUCAAGAUGGCCUACUCCACCCACAUGGGUGAUGAUGAAACACCCAAGGAUGAAGUCAUAAGACUGUACAGAUGUCUCUUUGGAACACUUGUGGCUCUGUUCCAGAACUCGGUGCUGGCGUGCCAUGCAAGUAAGGAGAUCUUAAAGGAGCUCAUGUACAACCUGCUCACGCUGCUGCUUGACCAGCGUCUCAACGACCUGGAGGAGGGGCCACAGGUUGUUCGCUCGGUCAAUGUCCUUGUCGUCAAGAUUGUAGAGAGAUCUGACCAAACCAACGUUCUCUGCGCUCUCAUUCGGCUGAUACAGGAAUGUGUAGACAGUCAAACUUGCAGCAAUAAGUUUAUUGAACUCAUCAUGAAGUGCCUGUGGAAGAUGGUUCGGAUGUUGCCAGACACGAUCAAGGAGCUGAAUCUUGACCGUGUGUUGUAUGACCUGCAUGUGUUUCUUCGUGCGUUUCCCUCGAGCACGUGGAAGGAGCGAGCUAACGACCUUCCGCUCCGCACUAUCAAAACCAUCCUUCACUCACUCGUCAAACUUAAGGGAUCCAAGAUCCUGCAGCACCUGGGUCAGAUAGACGCCAGCGAGGCCUCUGAGGUGAAGAUCUACAUUCAGAGACUGCUGCAGAAGGAGGGACAUAAUCUUGAUGCUGAGGUCAAUGGCACUAAUGAUGAAAACAAAACGCCAAGGAGUACAAGUAAAUCCAAGCGUCUUUCCAAGUCCACCCAUGACAUGUUGACAGAGAUCUUCAAGAAGGUUGGGUCGAAGGAGUACACAAAAGAAGGCCUGCGUGACCUGUACGAGUUCAAGAAAAAAUACCCUGAGGCUGACAUGGAUCCCUUCCUGAAGAAGACAAGCCAGUACUUCCAGAACUACAUAGAGAGAGGACUCCAUGCCCUAGAGAUGGAGGAAACACAAGGUGGUGAGAGUCAGGUGGAUGCUGGCCGCCCUGCUUCUGACAGAUAUCUGCAAAGAGCAACUCAGCUCAGAGAAAACCUGGGACAGGACUCAAAUAAACAACAGAUAAGCAAUGUACCAGUCGAAGAUGCGAAUGCAGCACCAUAUUUCCGUGAGAAACUACGCAUGCUACGUGCUCAGUGUGGACUAGACCCCAACACAGCUUCAAAGGAAUCCAGUACAGAGAUGAUAUCAGCCCUUACGCAGGAACCAGAAAUCUCUCCUCGGGAUUCCUCAUUGGAGGAAGGCCGAGACUCUGUGUCAGAUGAUAUCAGCAGCAGUAAGGACUUCAGUGGUGAUGGGCCAGCAAGUAAGUCUGCGGCCAAGUUUACAGAUGUUGAGUCCCUCAAGGCCCGUCUUGAAAGGAUCAAACAGAUGGCCAACAGCUGAGGGGGCGGGGCUGUCAUAUGGGAUAUACCGACUGCUUUCUGACACCACCCUCCGGGACACACACCUGCUGCAGGGAACACUGCUGACUCUGUCACAGACCUGAACACUGCGGGAUGUGUGCCUCGCCAUAUAAGAUAUGGUCUUAAGUGAUAGACCAAACAGUGAAAGAUAUGAUAAUCUCCAUAAACUAUGUGUGUGUUAUUACAGUUUUGUGCCAAUAUUGGGUAUUAGUGAGUGCUUAUUAAUGUUCAUUGAUUUUCAAAUAAUAAUACUAGAGUGUUUAUUUUUGCUCUUCUAAACAAUGACGUUGUCAGGCCUGGUGCAGUCCAGCAGUGAUGUUAAGAAGACCAAAAAUAAAUGCUAUCUUUCAUAGUGUUCAGCACAAAAAGCCAAAACGUCGAUAUAAUAGCCAGUGCGCAUGCACACGCUUCUAGAUAACAUACUUAAUAAAAACAAUUAAUGACUUAAUGGAAAUUUCGGGGUUGAAAUCUGCUUAAUAGCUUUUUGAAAAGGGUCUUCUUAAUGAUUAAAUGUGAAUCUGUAUGGUAAUCCCCUUGGCACUGACGUUAGUCUGAACAGAAACUGUAUAGUGCUCUUACUUGUCAUUGUUAAACCCUGUAUUGCUCUGUCUAUGCAUGUUACAUGUAAAACUUGUUCUGUUUGCCUGAUGGCUUUUUAUUUCACUUGAUUCUGUUUUAUUAAUGAGAAAAUUUACAUUGGAGUCGUCAGUAAAAGCUUGAAAUCACAGUUGGAUAGGGAAAUUCAUGACUUCAUUAGGAAUUAUAUUGGUUUGUGAUAUGUUGGUUCCCCAAAAUAGCAGAUGUGAUAUUUUAUGUAGUUGGCACCAAAAUGCUAGGCUGUAUUUAUUCUUCGGAAUACAAAUUUCCAUAAUGUUUUUGCUGCAUGUUAUGGUGAAGCAUCCCUGCUGUACAUGGCUAGGAGAAAACACCAUUCUAUGCCUACACAUGAUAUGUAUAUACUGUACUUCUUGUAUAUGCCAAACUCAACCUCUGAAAUGUCUUCCAUGUAAUGUCUAUUCUGCUAUAUAAAGUCUUUCCUUCUACGUAAUUUCUAUUCUUCAAUGUCCAAGUACAGCUAUAGAACUCUCACUCUAUGUUUCACUAUCAUAUUAUGUGUCAUUUCAAUGUCAUUAGCUUUCAGUACAUUAUUUUUAAAAUACAAGUAAUCAACAGUUGGUGCAAUGUAAGCCAUUGUGACUUUGUCAUCAUCUUCCCAGUUUAUUUAUGGGCAUUGAUCAUCCUGUGUAUUUAAUCCUUUGUGAGUGAACAAUACAAUUCCUCCACAUGCAAUAAAGUGCUUUAUAUACUACAUGGAUAUAUAUAUAUUGUAUAUACAGCAUGUGGCAUUGUUUAGCUGCAUGUACACUUUUUUAUUUGGCUAUAAUCUAUGUUCCACAUUUUAACAAAGUUUGCCAUGUAAGCUGCAGCCAUCUUUAUAUAAUGAUUAUCUGGUGAUUUGUCUGUGUUCAGAAUGUUCAACAAUAAUGGAUAUCAGUUAUAUACGUAGUCAUCCUUAAUAUUCAACUCUAGUAUGUCCGCACCGCAGAUUGACAAUCUAUUCGUUUACAGGAAGCAGUCAAGUGGUUUAAAGUGUUGCCACAUUGUUUGUGAUGUUGCCUCAUUAUAUGACAUGAUGGUAUUUCCAUUGCUUUUAAAACCCCACAACAACUCUGGUAUCCCAGAGAUUUCCUAGAAAAAUAUUGUCAUAAAAUUUCCAUACUUCUGAUAUUUCAUAAUCAAAUGUAUCUAUCAUGGGUUUUGUAUCUAAGUUCACUUCACAUAACCGCGUAAUGAUUGCAUAAUGUUCUGUUUGUUUUCCUGGAAAUUUCCAUUUACAUUUUCAUACAGACUUCACAUCGUGUGAUACCAACAUGUUAAUCAAGUGUCUGGCCCUGCUGAACAAAUGUCUGCAUGUCUGACUGACUCUUCUAUCUAACCCUAUGUUUCAAAGUUACUGUCAUGUGGUCUCUCAUCUGUGAUAGUCAAUCUCCAUGGCUCCCGGCCUAUUCCAUGGUCACAAGUGGUGAUUAUCACUCAUAUUAUAUAAGGCCAUGUACACGAUGUACCUACAUAAAUACAGCGCCAGGUACAGCGAAUAUAGGUCGGAGAGGUGUAUGGGAGCUCUACGGUGUUUGUGCUUUGUGUAUUUAUAAUGUUCAACAAACUAAUCUCCAACGUUCAUGUCAGUUAAUAAACGAAAUAAGAACACUCAA